UCGUGUAGGAAGAGUCCUUAGAAAUGUUGAGAUGUGACCGUGCAUGGUAUUAAAGUCAUUCAUCACCUCCCUCCUUCAAUGGCAGGUCCUUCCUGUACACACCCAUGGUCUGAGACUGAAAUUAGGAUCUUCCUCCAAGAGUGGAAAGUAGUUGAAGGGAUCAUUGGGCACCCAGGCAGCAAGAUCUACCAGAAGAGCUGGGCUCUUUACCAGCGAGUCAAUGGGCAUCGGGGCCUGAAGAAGAGCUGGGAAAGCUGUGUGGACCUGCUGCUGACCCUGCAGAAUCUGCACAGGAGACUGUGCAAUGGGAGAGGAGACACCAUACCCUUGUUUUCUCCAUUCUCAGAAGACCUGUACAGCAUCCUGGGCCACGCCCCAUCAAACGGUUGUGAUGAAAAUUUAUCUGUGUCCCCCAAUAAAAUUGACCUGAGAAUCAGACCUUGGUAUUAUGGCAUCCCUGUUCCUUCUGCAGAGCUACAAGGAAACCCAUCACCUAUGAUGUCCAGAGAGGAUUCCCUGGUUCCCAGAUGA